AUGGCUGCGUCGGGACGUGGAGCGACCAUCAAUGACUUGCCAACCGAAAUACUCCGCGAGAUUGUCGGCCUAGUAUGGCUGGACUCCAUCCCAAAGUCCUCUUUCCGCAACAUAGAUCCGCACGGUCUACCCUCCUCUUACCCCGACGGUCGCAAGAUCUCAUCCACCCAAAAUGAUACCCGUAAGACGCUCUAUAAUCUCUGCCUCGUCAACAAGGCUUUCUAUCAUGAAGCGAGAGUGCUCUUGUUCCGACGCAUCCAGAUCACACUACCGCACAGCUUCAAUCUUUUGUUGAGGACGCUAGGUGCCUCGCAUCUUGCCAGCGCCUAUGAAAAGUACGCGACAACAGGUAGUGUCAAUGUCGACCCUUCAGAUCCAGCUUCCUUCGUCAACAUGGUCGCCGCCGCAGGCUUCGCACAUGCUCUCGGCCACAAACUUGUCAUCGGAGGCACAGCGACACCCACACCUCCCGCCAGUCGAGAUCAGAGUCCAGCAUCCUCCAACCAAGGCACAGGAGAGCGCACAACUUCAUUGACCCGAGCGCGAUCACGUCGUGACUUUAUUCGCAUCAACGCCGAUCAAGAUGGCGAGGUCGAGCUCGUCUGGACCGAGGAUCCCACAUCGACACCCGAAAGUCCCGUCUAUCACGUUACGCUUCGAGGAGAAGGCGACGACGACGAGGCGGCUGAGCUCCAUCGUUGGGUGCGUCUCGUUGACUUUUCCAACUUUCGUACACAGGGACUACGCCGAACCAUCGGGGAAGGUAUGGAUCGUCGCUUUGUCACACCAGCACGUCUCCUGGCUCUCGUCACUGCAGCCGAAGGUCUCGUCGCAUUCGGCGCAAGUGAGAGCAUGGAUUCGGCUCUUUCCAACGAUGUGCUCGAAGCGCUCCUCUUCCGUGAUGGCGAGUACAGCAAGCCCAGUCGGCUUCGUGGCGUCUCGGUCGAACGUAGCAGUGGUCGCUCCAACAAGAUGCUCCAAAGUCUCGACUUUUGUGGAUGCGUUUCACCCCGCUUCGAAGAGGCUAUGAAGGAGUUCGUUCAAACCCACCUCAAAAAGUUCAGCGGCAGAAUGACUGACACUGUGGAGGAAGAGAGUGAAUCAGACGAUAACGAAGACGAGAGCAUGGAUAUCGACGAAGAAGAGGAACGUGGACGUGGACGAAGCGCUUCAGCUAGGCGGCAGAACAAGAGUCUCAGUCGAUCCCUCUCGACUCGUCGCAGAGAUGGUGAUGGACCGAGCAGGCACCCUGCGAGGCCAACUGCUUUCCCUUCACUCAACAGAUUGGGACUCUCAGGUCUCACGCUGGGUAACGAGCUUCUUAAUCCUUUCGUGCUUGCUUUCCCUCGACUGACCCACCUCGAUCUAUCCCGGACCAAAGCAGAUGCUGCCCUCCUCAACGCACUCAGCAGCUCAUACCAGUUGCAACUCGAGAGUCUCUCGCUGGCGUUCUGCAAGCGUAUCACCUCAGAGUCAGUCACUGAGCUUCUAGUCGACGCGCCCUGCACACAGGGUCUAGUUGAACUGUCGUUGGCGGGCACGCCCAUCUUUCCUACACCUAUCGACUCGGAAGACCUCAAGGCCAUCCUCACUCAGGCACCUUGCUUCCGUUCUGGCAGAUUGCGAUACCUCGAUUUGGGUGGAUGUGCUCUCACUGAUGAAUUACUGGGCAUGAUCGGCCCGCAACCCUCGUUGCUCGACCUGGGUCUAUCGCACUGUCCUCAUAUUCGACUCGAAGCCGUAAGCAUACUUCUCCGCGAACGAGCGCCCAACGUUCAGGUCUUGGAGCUCUCCGACUCGUGCACCUCUCGAUCAUCCACCGAGGGUCUCACCACCAACUUUCCGGGCUACGACGCAACCGAUGCAAGUGCGAUCAAUGCCGUUCACCUGCAGAGCAUUCUCGUUGGGCCCUGUGCCAAGACGCCGCCGAUUCCCAUCUCGGUGCAGCUCGCAAUGAUGGGAUUCAAGACCGGCUCAGAUCCGCCACCGGUAAUGCCAGCCAAGCCUCGAGCAGCAACAAAUCUCAGAGUGGUCGGGUUGAACCAGGCCAGUCUGAAGAGCGUAAGAGGGGGUUUUGGUAGCUGGAAAGUGAUCAAAGGAGCCGGUCGACGAGGAUGGGUGGUCGAUAUCGCGGCAGGUCCCAAUCCUGAGGCUAGUGAUGAGGUUUUGUUGGAAAAUUCGAUGGGUGCGGUUCCCUCUGCUGUCGGACUGUCGAUCGAAACGGCUGGUGCGGGAGAUGACGGUGCUGGCAGUGUCGCAGAAAGCAGUCCUAUGCGAAGAGGGAGAUCAGUUAGGUAUGACGAAGUGUCUCUCUCGCCUGUCGAUCGUUCGUCCCGCUCUCUUCUCCGUGUACCACCCACAUCCAACUCACCAUCCUCUUCUCUCACGCGGCCGACCAUCCCGUCCAUCCGUCGCGCCCAUUCAGUUGGCGGUGGCUCAACAUCUCGUUCACGCUCACGCCACCUUUUCUCCUCAACAACUCUUCCCUCCAACGCCAAAGUCACUCCACGUGACGAAGUCAUCCGUGACCUACCUGCCGAGCAUCCUCGCCGCAUCGCACUCCAACGCCUCGUUGACUGCAACGGUCAUGUCACAGGUGACAUUGGCUGGCACAGUCGCAAAAUGGAAGUUCUGUUGGGCUUUGGAUUCUUAGGACGAGAAAGUGGUUUAUAUGCCUUACCCUCCUUCCAGGUCUAG